AUGGCACAAUCGAUAAACCCUGCAGACACGUUAGCGUGUACAUACGCUUCUCUAAUGCUGAGCGAUGCUGGUCUCCCCAUCACUGCCGAGAGCAUUAACUCCGCCUGCAAGGCUGCUGGUUUGGAAGUACGUGACACACUGCCCAUCCUUUUUGCUCGUUUCCUUGAGAAGAAACCGAUCGAAAGCCUUUUAGCUGCCGCUGCAGCCGUUGCUCCUCAAGAAGGAGCUCUUCCUGCUGCUCCGGCCGCUGCUGCCGCUGGUGGCGCUGCUCCUGCUGCUGCUGACGACAAGAAGAAGGAGGAAGAAGAGGAUGAUGACGAUAUGGGCUUCGGUUUAUUUGAUUGA